CCGAUUAUACUGAUGAUAUUUCGAGGUUUUCAGGUAUGGAGAACUCGAAUGUGUACUGCACUUUCAUCGAAAUACUAUUAGCUGUGCAGUGACCAAUAGAAAUGAAGUUCUAGGAAAAUGACUUUCUUAGAGUAAAUCAAGGUGCAGAGUUCAAACUUGAGCUUAGUUCGGUCCCAUAUCCUAUUGGUUUGGCGGCGCGGAAUAUAAAUCAACAUUUUAAAUGGUAGAUUUGACAGUAUAAUUUUGAUAUUCAGAUAGUCUAGAAUGAUUGAUUUGUAUGAUUCACUUUUUGAAGUACACAUAACUCUCGGAUUUAAAUCCGAAGUUUCCGCAUUUUUUAUAUUAUUAUCUAUGUUGUUGUAGGGACUAAUGAUGUUCUACAAUCAUUUGGUCCUACUGUAGUUAAUCAACAUCAUCGUAAUGUUGAACGUAGUAUUGGUUAUGAUCAGUCAAGAACUCUUCAUAAUUUUGGUGUUUUAAAUACUGAUAAUGGUCCAAAUGAUUUAUAUUCAUUUGACACAAGUACAGCAAAUCAACACGCCAGUAAUGAUGAACAACACAAUCGUCAGGUUAUGCCAACUGAUCUUAAUCAUCCACAUAGUCGUGGUACUUAUGUUUCACAAUUAUUUGGUCAUUUUGUAACUAAACCAGGUUAUAGUAAUGUUGAAUGUACUGGUGGUUAUGAUAAACCAAGCAAUCCUCAUCAUUUGAGUUUUUUAAAUACUGAUGGUGGUCCAAAUAAUUUAUAUUCUUUUGAUUCAAGUACAGCAAAUCAACAUAGUAGUAAUACUGAACAACAUAAUCGUCAAGUUAUGUCAACUGAUCCUAGUCAUGUUCAUAAUCGUAAUAAUGCUAUUAGUAAUCGAACAGGUAAUGAAGUAAUUUCCAUUACCGAAAAAAUAUUUUAACGUGGCAAAAUUUUUGUAGGCGUCGCAUUGGUAUUCGACGUGGAACGCCGAU